AUAGAAGUCUAUACUGUAUUUUUGUUCAGUGCAUAAUAAUAGCAAAAAUUCAAAACAAACCUUUGUAUUUCACGAAAUUUCCAGUGGUUUUUUUCCGUUUUCCCCCGAUAAUUUCAAUCAGAAUUUUAGUCCAUCCCACCAUGAGCAGUGGAUUUGUGACGGAAACGGAACUGGCCGAUGCUCGCCGGAAGCGACAGGAGGAAUGGGAAAAAGUACGCACAGCCGAACAACCGAUGGAGGCUCCGGAGGAAGAAUACGAUGGUCGUUCCCUGUUCGAUAGGUUACAGGAACAGAAACAGAAGAAAGAUAUGGAGUACGAGGAAGCGCACAAGCUGAAAAAUAUGAUCAAAGGACUGGAUGACGAUGAGGUUGAGUUUCUGAACUUGGUCGACAAGAACAAAAUUAACGCCGAGAGGCAGGCUCAGAUUGAGGAAGCCAAAGAAAUGUCUGAAUUCCGCCUAAAAGUUGCCUCCCUGCAGGAAAAGAAAAUGGACGAGCAAAUCCAGCAGCAAAUUUCGGUCCCGAAGCCAGUCAAACCGAUUGUCGGCAACAAUCGGAUGUCACAGAAGAAAAUUAUGGCUGGGGUGGUGGUGAAGAAAAGAAAACACGAGGAAGAUUCGCCUUCAACCACUACAACGAUCAGCGAAAGCCAGACCAAACCAGAUUCAUCGAAAUCCGUCUCACAAAAGGAAGACGCUCAGGCAAAUGGGUCAAGUGCAGAUUCCACCUCGGCUCCAAACCAAGCAGUGCCGAAAAAGAAGCUGAAAAAUGGAGCCCUGCAGGUGAUCGGCAUCUUGCCCGGCUUGGGGUCCUACCGGGACUCAACCGACUCGGAGGCUAGCAGCGAUUCCGACGACGAAGCUGCCGGCUUCGACUGGAUCGGACGAAAGUUGAUCAAAGCGAAGACGGAGAGUAAGUAAAGGGUAAGGGAGAUGUUGUGCGGGUGCGAUUGAGUUUAGACUUAUGGGAGGUAACUUUUACUGUUUUUUCAUGCAACUACCUACUAGUCUGUAAGAUAGAUUCCUACGCUGAAACAUU